AUCACAAAGGACAGAUUUUAACAUUUUCAUUAAAUAAACAUCCAAACAAAUUUAAUGUAAUACAUAAAUUUAAAGUAAUAAUUUUACAUAAAUUCUUUGUGAUUUUUCUAUAUUAUUAGUAAUUUUAAUGGACUGCAUUAAAAUCUAAAAAGGAGGCAUGGUCGGGAAUGAUGUUGAAGUUUGGCUGAUUGAAUUUUUAUGAUGAUAAAACAUUUACGGGAUUUCCUAAGAGCCUACUUGAAAGAGCGUGCUGCAGCCCAGGGCAGGGUACAAAAACCAAAACUUUUAAUAUACGACGAAUAUUUGAAAAAGUAUGUCAGAGCAGAGGAAUUAUUAUUGCCUGGAAAGAAGAAAACUAUUGAAGGUCCAAUUUCAUUAAGAAGUUCCAAUGAGCACUUGCUGUUUGAUAUAUUACUGAAAAAAUUUAUUAAUCCAAAACUUGAUCUACCAGCUAAAAUCGUGCCUCUAGGAAUAAAAGAUGAACACGAAUUUCAUAAUCUAUAUGAUUUCAACAGAACAAACCAGGUAAACAUUAACACUUCAAGUAUAGAUUACUUUUGGGGAAAGAAGAAAGGGUCCAAAGGUAAGAAACACUCAAACUAUCCAGCACUGCCCCCAGUACAUAACAAACCACAGGAAACAGGACCUUUCAGGGAGGGAUGGGCUGGACAGCUGACAAAGCCUCCAGUAUCUAAUCCUAGACCAGAAAAAGGGAGUAGUAGCUGCUUCGAAGAUCCUGACAAAGACCCUAAGAAGAAGCCAAAGAAGAAAAAGCAAAAGAAUUUGGUAUGUGGGAAAAACAUCAAACAAGAAAAAGACAUUUCUACGACCAAAGAGGCAAAUGAAAACCUGAAAUGUUUGGAAUUACCAGAAAAAGACUGUAAGUAUUCUAAAGAUGUAAAACCUGCAGAAUCUACAUCACAACCCCAGUAUGAUGAUAAGUGGUCUUCAAAAUUGGAUAAAGAACGUAGUAAAAAAGAAAGCAGGAAUGUAUUUAAAAACAUUUGCUCAAAACUAUUUUUAAGUGGAAAAUAUGAGGAAAAAACACGUAAAAAGGAAAGCUCUGGCAUGAGCCAUAAAAGCUCAAGUCAACUUGAGAAUGAUUCUUGUAAAUUAAAGGCAGACUUAGAAAAUGAGUUAAUUAAAAAAGUAAAAGAUUGUAAUAAAACUACUGAAAAUAUUAGCAAAAUAGAGUAUAAAAAAGACAACUUACCACAUACCUCAAACAGUGCUCAAGGUAAGUAUAAUGUGUGUGAUAUGGGCAAAGAACCUAAAAAACCUGGUAAAUCGGAAUUAGUUACUCCUAAAAGUAAGUGUUUCCCAGAUUUAAACACAAAGCCAUGCCCUUGCACUUUGACAAGCAGUGUGACAAAAACCAAACCUGAUCCAUGUGGAUUCAUUUCUGCAAAGCCAGUAGUGGAAAAUACUGUAAAAUAUAAACAAGAGACACCAUGCAGUGAAAGUAUUUGUAGAAAACCUUGUACCGAUGAUAAAAUAUUAAAACCCAGUAGUAAGUCAACCAGUAUUUCAGCUCAACACGAUACAACAUCAGAUACCAACAUGACCGCAGGAAAAGGAAGUAUAUGUCCUGAAGUUAACAAAAGGUGUGUUACUGCAAACAUUGAUGAAAUGAAAAAAGAAUGUAAGAGAUCAAUAGCACAAGAAUUUAAGACAUCUAGUUUUCAAAAGGCUUUACAAUGCACAGCUCUGAUGGUAAAUAAGAAAGAUAUAUGUGAUAAUAAAAGCACUGCAACUAAAAACAUAAAAUACAACUUUAUAGUUGACCCGAAAGUUCAAAAGCUGAAACCGCCUUGUCCAAAGAAUGAUGAUGUUUCAACAAAAGAAAUUAGGAAUAAAGAAUGUAAAAUCAGUAAAGAGCCUUCAAAAGAGCAUAAAGUUAUCUCUGAUGUAUUGAAUGUUUGUGAUUGCAAAGAAAAAACUUGUGAUAAAGAGGAAAGCUCAAAAAUUAAUGAUUCCUUUGAGGCAUGUGACAAAAAUAUAUGUAAAAAUGAUAAGCAGUCUGUAAAAUGCCCAUUAAGUUUAUCGGAAUCUACUAAUGUACAAUGUCCAAAAUCGAAAAAGGAUGAGAAUGUAACUCAAAGUGCUAAUAUUUGUACAAAAUUGACAAGGAAAGAUGCAGAACUUGUGUUAGCCGAGUGUCCAAAGCCAAAAACUAAGGAAUGUGUAUCGAAGAAAGAUGAUAGGAUUCGUCAAACAUCUAAGGGACCUCAAGAAACAAAAGAAAGAAAUGCUAAAAGGCAAUGUAAGUCUCUUUCAGCUUUUCAGUGUCAGCAUAUAGAGCCAAAAGUAACAGAAAAACUGCAAAUAAUAUCGCAAGAAACAUCUUUUAAUCAAGUAGGUAUGAAUUCAGAUUUGAGUAAACUGAAAUUUGAGAAAUACAUGGGAUUCAAAAUUAAAAGAUCAUCUGCAGAAACGAUUCAACCUGAUGAAAACAAAAUGAAAACAUCUAAAUCUCCUUGUAAAAAGUUGAGUUCGAUCGAAAAACCAUGUGCUACAUCUAUUCGAGAAUCAGAAGUAAAAAUAAAAGAACCUAAAAAAUAUAAAAACAAUGAAAAUUAUUCUAAACACAAAAAAAUUGAUACCAAAAUAACUAAAAGUGAGCUAUGCUUGAAAAAUAGUAAAACCUCUCUUAAAAAAGGCAAGUCAUCAACAGAUAAAAAGCUUAAUUCAAAGAAAUCUAUAUCCUGUCCCAACAAAAUGAGGGAAGAAAAACGUAAUGAGGUAUGUGGUCAAAGUAAAACAUCAGAACUAUCGCCCAAGCGGUUUGAAGCCAAGAUUUGUUCUCCUUCAUCUGAAGUCAACAGCAAGACUAAUACAAAGAAAGUUAGUUCCAAACAAAAUAUUAAAAAAAGUAAGUUGGUAGAGGACUGUUGUUUAAGUGAUAUUUCAAAUAUAGUUGAAUCAAACAAGGAAUGUACAAUUAAAGAUCUUAAAAAGUUUUCAGAUCAUUGUGAGCAAGACAAUUCAGUAGAAAAAAUUGAUAAGGAUUUGUCAAAUCAAUGCAACAAAAAUGUAGAUGAUGGAGAAUCUUUAAACAAGAAAGAAGCAAUAUGUGAAGAACAAGUUGAUAAACUAAUAAAAACUAAUGGUAGUAAAUGUUCUGAAAUGAAUAAGCCAGAGGAAAGUAAAAUUAAGUGUCCCACAAAUAAACAACCAAAAUCUAGUAGUGAACAGAGUCAAGAAAGUAUGAAGAGAAAAAUUUCAAACAAAGUUAAAAGAAAUAAAAGUGCUGUUAUAUGUUCUUUUGAUAAAGCCAGUAACAAAAGUAUCUCUUUAAAAUCAAAAGCAACACAAAAUAGUAAGAAAAUUCUUCUUAAAGCAAAAAGUUCACCAAAUAUAACUAAAACUUCCUCAAAAGGAAAGAAAAGCAAAUUUUGUAAUAAGGUAAAAGAUCCUAAAACACAAAAAAGUAAAACAUCCAUGAGAAAUACAACUGUGUGCUCUAAACCCUCAAGAGACUUGGAAAUUACUACCAAAGAAAAAUCAAGUUCCUCAAAAACUAAACUAUCAAAAUCAAAGAAUAGAGAAAAAAGCAAAGACUCAAAAGACAACAUUUCUAAAAGUUCAAACAGAAGUAAGAGCACUAGAAUGUGUUCUUUACAAACGCUACAAAAGAGGGUGACAGAAAACGCAGUUAAGAAAUCAAAAACUGUUGAAGUUAAGUCUUUUAGUGAAAUGAAGUCUAAUGGGCCUGAGAUAGACAAAGCAGAUUUACAAAAUGGAUCUAGUGUAUUAGGGAACCUUUCUGAAAUCAAAGAGAAGAAAGUUCAAGACCGCAGUAACGAAAACAUAGUUGUUCUAUUUGAUAAAGAAAAAAAACUUGAUAACUCUAAUGUUCUUAAUCCAAAGUCAGGAACAACAGCAGUUCAAUACAGUCAAAAAAAUGAAUAUUGGUAUACUAAUAAUAUGGGGAGCAAGUUUGCUUUAAAAGAAGGUGAGUCUCAAAAUGAAUAUUCAAAAUUAGAGUGUUCUAAAUUGAUGCAUUCCCAAAGACAUUUAACCAUUCCAGAACAUAUAAUCCAACAAAAUAAAAACAACAAAGAUAGCUCAACAGUUAAAACUAUCCGAAGUAAUCUACCCAAAAUGACACAGAAAACAAGAAAAAUUGAAUGCGCUUCAGUACAGAACAAUAAUACCACAGCCAAAUUUACUAAAAAAGAUGAAGUUAAUACAAUGAUAAAAAUUGAUAGAGAAGAAUUGGACAGAAUUGAUGAAGGUAAAAACAUUCAAUCAGUUGAAUCUAAAAAAAUGGGGGAAAACUUCAAAUGUAAUGAUAGUGUUAUGAAAAAAUAUGAUAUCAAAGAUAAACAUGACAAUAAAAAAAUCAUAUUAACAAAUAAAAGCAAAAGUAAAGAUUCAAUAGUAAGACCAAUAUUUGUCAAAAAACAGAAUGUGAUAGAUCAACCAGUAUGUGAAAACCUUCAAUCUGCUAUGCAUUCAGAAAUUAAGAGCAAAGAAAAUGAAAAACAUUGGAUUGGUAAAAAUCUCACUGUUGGAAAGAAAGGUGUAAUGCAAAAAAACAAAUUCAGUCAAGAACAAAUUAUUUUGUCAAACAAUAUUAAAAAGACCAUUAAAACUGAUUUAGUAGACAAAAGUCUGCAUAAACAUCAGAACAAUAACAAAAAAGACGAACUAAACAUAAAAGAACUACUCAAUCAACAAAAGUUGACAAAGUUGAAAAUUUUUAAUCCAACAAUAUCAAAACGUUUUGCAUUAAGAUCAAUAAAUGGAAGUCAUGUUCUUCCAAUUGCAAUAAAAACUGAAAGAAAUCGGGGAAAAAGUUCUUACAGCUCAACUGAAGGAAACAAACAUAAUUCAGAUGCAUUCAAAAAAACAAUAACUGAAACAAUAAACAAACCUAGCACUGAUAAAAGUCAUUUAAAUACAAAUAAUAAACUUAAUAAAAGAAUAAAAAUAGGCACAGAUUUAAAUAGAGACAAAAAAAUACAACCAUUUAAUGGCACCAAUAAAUUACAACCAUAUUUACCCUCCAAAUCUCCAAAGGAGCAUAUGAAUGGGAGUUUAUGUAGUGACAAUAAAAAUUAUGGCAGAAAAAAUAUUAUUUCAGACAGUAAAGCACAACACCAGGAUAAAAGUAUAACAUUAAAAACAUCAAAUAUAUCAAUAAACAAUGAGCAAUAUCCUAAAGAUAAACAAACUUAUAAAAAAGAAAAGCAUAAUCAUGUUUCAGAACAAAUGGGUAGUACAAAACUAUCUGUAGUUCAAAAUAAUGAAAAUGAUCACAUUAACAAAAAAUCUUUAAACAAAAGUACAGUCGGUAAUUUAAAAUCUGAUAACUGUUCUUCAAAAUUAAAUAUGCUAAAUAUAUUGAUAAGCAAUGGCAAUCAGCCAAAAGAUAAAGUAAUUAAUACAACAGAUAAGACUGAAAAAAUGCUUAUGAAACUAUCUAGUCCUGAACAUAAAAAGGCUCAAACAAGUAGUGUCAAACAAUCUUUGACUGGAAAUGAAAUUGGUCAUUUAAAAUCUGACAACUAUUCUUCAAAAUUAAAUAUGUCAGAUAUAGUAAUAAGCAAUGACAAGUGGUCCAGUGACAAAGAAAGUAAUACUAAAGAAAUGAAAAGAGAUUUUAAGGCUGAAAAAAUACAUAUGGAGCCAUCUGCCCAGCAACUUAAAGAGGCUGUUUAUAAUAGCACCAAGCAAUCUGUGACCAAAAAUGUAACAGGUAAUUUUAAAUCUGACAACUUAUUAAAACUACACAAACCAGUUUCAAACAAAAUUACUCCCUCUUUAGAAAAUAGAAUAAAAAACAGUCCAUCUACUUGUGUAAAUUUAAAUAAAGAUUCUCUUACAAAUACCAAGGAAGAUGUAUCAUCAGAAGUAUCAAAAACUAAUACAAAUAAUUUACAGGAUACUUUAAACAAUGUCAAAAGAGAGAAAAUAUAUACAAUACAAAAUAUAAAAACUAAAACAGCCCUGCAGUCACAAAACAAAAGAACAAAUUUAAUUAAUGCCAACUUAAAAAACCCUCCCAAAUUAGAGAACUUCAACAGAAAUAAAAAUGUUAACAUUAAAAGUAAAACAUUUAUUCAAGAAACUUCAAGUUCUUUGGUAAACAGGAAUAGGCCAAACACAGUUAAUAAUACCUUUGCUCAUACUCAAAAUCUGUCUUUAGUCAAAAGUCUCGCUGCAAAAAAUAAUGUUGAAAAACAACAAAUACGACUUGAAGUAAAAAACGUUCAAGAUAAAAUGCAAAAAAAUACUGCUGAUACAACAAAAAAGUUAACUAAUCCUAGAGUGAAGUCAUCUCUCUCACCCAUUCAGAAUGAUACAAUUGAACGACAAAGAACGUUCAUGACAAAACCUGGUAAAAGGCUGAAGAAAAUUAUGAAAAAGAACACCAGUUUGAAAGUUAAAAGAUGUAAAACUUAUGUGGUCUUGCGCAAAAGUAAUAUCACAAAUUCACUCAGAGAAAAUAGAUCACUAGUUGGUAGUGUUCAAAGUAAAACACAAGAAACAGGAAAUAUGAAGCAAAUUAACACUUCAAAAGAAAAUGAUGUAAAGAAAAGUAUAAAAGUGGAUAGAAUAAGAAAGAGAGCUAGUGUAAUUUUUAAAGAUCAUAAAAGUAAUAGUAACUUAUCUCAGAGGAAUGUCACAAAUAACAUCAACAACGGUUUAGAUCAAGGUAAAACAAAUGAAAACAAAAUAAAAAUACCAUUGUCAAAAGAAUUAUCCAAGGUAAGCUUACUUAAAUCAAACUCUGACCAAAAUCUCAAAAGCUUAUUGAACAGUAAUAUCAAUGAGUCAGGCAAAAACUUGAACACCUCACAUACUAAUAUUAACCGAGGCCAGAUGAAUAAAAACAAAACUGUAAAUGUUUUCCCAUCAAGUAAAUUGAAUUCCACACAUCAUAGUCCAUUUAAAAAGAUCCCUGGUGCUAAAUAACAGAACAUAGUGAAUCUAAAUAUGAAAUAUACAACAUUAUGUAUUUUUAUUUCUUUGUUUGUUUUAAUGAAUUUAUCUGGUUAUUUAGUCAAUAAUUUAAUACAGUGUUGUUUACUUGUAUUGGCUUUUCUUAAUUUACGAAUAAAAUAAAUAUUCAAGUG